AGAACCGGAAGUGAUAUCAGAAGCCCCAUGUGAGGUGAUUGCAACACAUGCAUCGCGGAGGAGAGGAGAGGGAAAACGCGAGAGGGAGGGGGCAGAGCAGGAGAGGCGGAGGGGGAAGGAAGGAAGGAAGAAGCCGGUUAACGACGUCACAAGUGCCGUCGCGAGGAGCCCCUGCGCUGCUGUCCGGGAAGGGGAGCCGGAGAGCGGGAGGCGGCGGCCAAGCCUGAGCCGCAGGAGGGGCGGUGGUGGAGGAGGAGGAGGAGGAGGGAGAAGAUGGCGGACGAUCCCAGCGCUGCCGACAGGAACGUGGAGAUCUGGAAGAUCAAGAAGCUCAUCAAGAGCCUCGAGGCGGCGCGCGGCAAUGGCACCAGCAUGAUAUCACUGAUCAUUCCCCCCAAAGACCAGAUUUCACGAGUGGCAAAAAUGUUAGCUGAUGAGUUUGGUACAGCAUCCAACAUUAAGUCUCGAGUGAAUCGCCUUUCAGUCCUUGGCGCCAUUACAUCUGUACAGCAACGACUAAAACUUUAUAACAAAGUACCUCCAAAUGGUCUGGUUGUUUACUGUGGAACAAUUGUGACGGAAGAAGGAAAAGAGAAGAAAGUGAACAUUGACUUUGAACCUUUCAAGCCAAUAAAUACAUCCUUGUAUUUGUGUGAUAAUAAAUUCCAUACAGAGGCCCUUACAGCGCUACUGUCAGAUGACAGCAAGUUUGGCUUUAUCGUAAUAGACGGUAGUGGGGCACUUUUUGGCACUCUUCAAGGAAACACCCGAGAAGUGCUGCAUAAAUUCACAGUAGAUCUUCCAAAGAAGCAUGGAAGAGGAGGUCAGUCUGCCUUGCGUUUUGCUCGCUUGAGGAUGGAGAAACGGCACAACUAUGUAAGGAAAGUAGCAGAGACAGCUGUGCAGCUGUUCAUUUCUGGAGACAAAGUGAACGUGGCUGGCCUUGUGUUAGCUGGAUCGGCUGACUUUAAAACUGAGCUGAGCCAGUCAGACAUGUUUGAUCAGCGAUUGCAGUCCAAAGUACUAAAGCUAGUUGACAUCUCAUAUGGUGGUGAAAAUGGGUUCAAUCAAGCUAUUGAAUUGUCCACUGAGGUUCUGUCUAAUGUGAAAUUCAUUCAAGAAAAGAAACUAAUAGGCCGAUAUUUUGAUGAAAUCAGCCAGGACACAGGAAAGUACUGUUUUGGUGUUGAAGACACUCUAAAAGCCUUAGAAAUGGGAGCAGUAGAGAUCCUGAUAGUUUAUGAGAAUCUGGAUAUAAUGAGAUAUGUGCUCCAUUGCCAAGGCACAGAAGAGGAGAAGAUACUCUAUUUGACACCAGAACAAGAAAAAGAUAAAUCCCACUUCACAGAUAAAGAGACUGGACAAGAACAUGAGCUGAUAGAAAGUAUGCCCCUCCUUGAGUGGUUUGCAAACAACUACAAGAAAUUUGGAGCCACAUUGGAAAUUGUGACAGACAAGUCACAGGAAGGAUCCCAAUUUGUGAAAGGAUUUGGUGGAAUUGGAGGUAUCUUGCGGUACCGAGUGGACUUCCAGGGCAUGGAAUACCAAGGAGGAGACGACGAAUUUUUUGACCUCGAUGACUACUAGGUAGUCGACUUGGGUCUGGCAAAAUGUGCCUCACCCCUCCAGCAUCCAACCCAAGGAGCAAACUCGCAAUGGAAAACAAGAUCCCUGCCUUAGAAUUGGAGUAUUUCCAGAACUUUAUCCAGAAAUACCAGGUUGAAAACAAAAAUGAAGCCCUAAUGGUUUGUCAUAGUGUCAGUACAGCAGCAAUCUACUAAGUUUCUAUAAUACCAUUUUGGACUAAUCUAAAGCAAAGAAUCCCAGUUUUUACUUUUACUUGAUGGUGAAAUUGGUUGCUCUUGUAUUUUAUGGAAAUGAUUUUUUUAACCAUGCUACAUUAACUGCUGUAAACCAUUUUUGGGGAGGGGGAAGAUUAUUAGAAAGAUUAUACUGGUUUGUUUCUUAUUUUGAUUGGAGACAAUUUAUUGCUGCAUUUUGCAGUUGACACGACCCAUUUCCAUGGCGUUCUUGGCUUAGACUGCAGCAGAAGAAUCCUGGGGAGAGAGAGAUUGUUCCUGUUGUUCUUGCUCAGUGAUGGUGGAGGGUCUGAGGAAUUGAAUACAAUGGUAUGCCAGCUUGACAGGUGUGACUUGCAAAUUCAGAUGGUCUGGAAGUCCACCCUUUUAAAAACAAAUCUUAAGAUUGCAACCAGCACUGCUUGUUACAAAUCCAGAAAGUGUGUUUUCAUUCACAGCAAUUGAAAUGCCAGGGUCUCAGCAGACUUUUAACUGAGGAUGUGAGUUGUGCAGCCUUUACUCUUCCCUCUUGUCAGUCAAUAAACAGUUUCCACAAGCAAGCCUAAUGCUUCUUAUGCUUGGUUCUAUUCUUUUAUUAGGGUUUGGGGGUUUUUUAAAUCCUUUUUUUUUCCUUUGGGGACUGCAUAAGAUGUCUUGAUGGAUCAACAAGUUAAAAAACCCUGCUUUCAAUGCAAGUAGCUAGCAAAUUGUGACUGACUUAAUCCUUGGCACAGGUGGCUACGAAGCAUCUGUUUAAAAAAUUGGUUAAGGGUUUUGUUUUGUUUUUAGAAGCUUGGCACCAAAGGUUCACUUUGAACACUGUGGCAUAUGGAAGGCAGGUAUCUAACCCUCCUUAUUAUUCCCACUCUGGAUCUGGCUAGUUUUCUGAAGGAUACUCUGAUAUUUUAGUGCCUAGCUCUGUUCACCUUUGACUCCUGUCUCUCUCAUAUUGGGUCAGAAGCUCCCCAACUUUGGAAACAUCAUGCAUUUUCCCAAUAAUCCUGUCUCACUUGAAUCAAAGAAGGGGAGAUUUUGUCUUAAAAAUUACACCUUCCCAUCACAGUGUAUUCUUAAAAAGAGGUCCAAAAUUACUUUCUGUCAGUGUGAGCAAUAGAAUUUGUAUCUUUUUAUAAUUCAGCAGGCAGGGCAGUGUUUGCUGUUGUCCACAAGAAGUGUUUGUAUUGGGCAAAGUCUCUCAACAGAAGCCCUUUGUGGGAUCUUGGGUAUGCAAGUGGAACGCCUGAAAAUAAAGCAUUCUUGUGCUCUUCAAAGCAGUUACACUUUGAUUUUUGCCAUGGUAAAUGGGUCCGCUGUGACAUGACAUGAGCAGAAAAAAAUUGGAUGUAAAUUUACAUAUAUUUUUUUUUAAUAUACUGCUUGUUUCACAUUUAGGGUAUGCAGCUCCUUUUUUGUAGUUUUAUUUUUACUAUUUAAGUUUGGAAAUGAUGCCAAAUUUUUUUACCUCUUUAAUCAAUGUGUUAUCUCUGGUGAUAUAUAUUGCAUUAUAUAUUGAUGUGUAUAUCAAUAUAUACUGAUAUGUAUUACACUUAUACAAACACAUUACAAGGGUGGGAAUCCUAACUUUUUUUUUUUGCAUACUACAUAGCCUCUUCAGAGAGCUCCCAGCAGUGAUAUCUUGGUGUUGUGAUGUACAGAAAUGGAGAAGAGUAUUAAACCAUAUUUAAGAAUA